AUGGACAGUAGAGGCAAAGUAAGCACAGAUUUCAAUGCGAUCUAUUCAAAGAUGUUUGGUGACGAGAAUGAAGCAAAAGAAAAGUUUCAAGAUAUUCUAAACAAACAAGCACCAUUGAUGCAAUCAGAACGAAAAAUAUUUGUGCACGGAAUUGGGCUACAACCAAGAAUAGUGAAUUUUAAUGAAGCUAAGUUCAAUGAAGGCAUACACAACAACAUGUUUAAGCAUGGCUAUCGAUCAAUAUUCCCAACACAAGCUCAUAGCUGGAAUGAAAUUAUUGAUGGACGUUCUGUAACAAUUGUCAAUAGCCGCAACUCUGGAAAAACAAUGACAUUUCUGCCUCCUUUAUUGAGCUUGCUGUCCAGUAAAUUAGAUACUGAUGAAAACAUCUCUCAAGGACCUAUAGCUAUAAUUAUCGCAAACACAUCACGCGAAGUAGAAACUUUAUAUUAUCUUUGUAAGCAAUUACUUGCAAAUAAGGACGUAAAAAUUGUUAAGGCUUUCGGAAUAUGGAAUUUUAAGGGUAAAUGCAUUGAAUUACUUAAUGGAUGUGAUUUAUUAAUAACCACACCUUCAUGCUUUACGAGAUUCACCAAAUGUGACACAAUUAAAAUGUUUGAUAGAAAUAGAAUUAAGCAUAUAGUUUUCGAUAAUCUAGAUUUGAUUUAUGAAAACUUUAAAAUGGACUUGGUUGUCAUCCUCAAAUUAUGCACAAAUGGAACUGAUUUACCGCAAGAUAAUCCACAAAUAAUCAUCACUGCAACAUGCUGGCAAAAUUAUCUUUAUUUCUUCUCGAAAUUCUCAGCUAAUCCAAUUAUAGUUAUAGAUCCAUAUAUAGAAGCUGCAUUAUUUGCUCAGUCACGUUUUAUUGUCACUCGAAAGAGCUUAAAGGAAAAGGAUCAGUAUAUAUUGAAUAAUUUAGAGCAGUUUGAGUGGCGAAUGUUUAAAACAGCAGUGGUUUUUUCAGCACAGGAUGAAAUCGAUAAAUUUCAGGUUUUAUUAAGGAAUAGAUCAUUUGCCUAUGAAAUUUUAGAUGGAAGUACAAUUGAGUAUGACAUUGAAGUUUGGUGUCGUUUAAAAAAAGGCAAAAUGACAAUUCUUUUAAUACUCGAUAGCAUUUUGACGCGUGUUAAUAUUGAAUGUAUUCAAAUUUUAAUUCAUUAUUCGUUGCCUGAAACUUGGUCUGCAUUUUCACGUCGCUUUGCUUUGUCAGUAAACUAUUAUAAGUUCUAUAAGGAUUUGCCAUUAAAGAAUAAGGAAAAUCUGCCACGAGCAAUCAUUAAUUUGGAUGAAAAUAAUAUCUAUGAAAUUCCUCGCAUAAUUAACUUUCUUAGUGACCGUCGUUUGGUCCAACAAAUUCCUGCACAAAUCCAGAAUGAAGCACAGAGAAUUAAAAACGACGUAGAAAAGGCUAAGACUGAUGUAAAUAAUGAAUUCGUUGUGCCUUUAUGCUCAAAUAUCUUGAAAUUUGCAUCAUGUUCACGUUACAAGUGCUUAUUUCGUCAUGCAUUCAUACCUGAUGACGAACCUGAGUUUAUUCCACGAGCAGGCCAAAUUAAGUUUAAAUUAAUUGGGAUGAACUCUCCACUUCAUCUUGUAGUCACUAUAACUGAUUAUUUAGCACCAAAUAGUGUUCAAUGGAUUUCAUAUCAGGAUAAAAUCAAAAUGAUUAAUCAAGGCUUAAAGGAAUUACAAGAAUUUAUGGGCGAUGAUGAAAAUCAAAUUAUUGAUGUUCCUAAAGUUGGUAAUCUUUAUGGAUUUUUAAAUUCCGAAACCGGUAAAUGGCGACGUUGUAAAGUAAUUAAACUCGAAGAUAAAAAAGAUUCAAUUAAAUCACGAAAGGCAUUUAUUGAGUUUAUCGAUGUUGGUGGGCGUUCAACUGUUAAGACAACAACUUUAUUGAAGCUACCAGAUGAAAUUAAAAUGUUAGAUCCUUUAGUUUGUGACAUACGAAUUGUUAAUUUAAUUCCUUACGAUUGCGAUGUGAUUUUUGACCGCGAAACAAUUGACGUUGUUGAAAAAUACAUGGCUAAAGUUCAAUCAAAAAAUGAUUAUUUGAUGUGUGACAUAGAACUAGCUGCUGGACAUACAAUCAUAACAACUAAUGUGACCAUCUAUAAGAAGUUAAAUAAUCUGACUAGCGACAUUAUGAAUUUAUCUAUGAAGAAAUAUUUGCUGGAAAAUAAUUUCGCUAUGUAUCAGAAUGUCUUGGAUAAAUUGAAGGAUAUUGCCGUCAGUUCUAAUUUUUAUAAAAUGGAAGAAAAGAUUCAAAAGAUUGAACCAAUUGUUGAAAAACCAAAAGGGACUUACAUCGAAGAACAAAAGAGAAAUUUGAAGGAACUUCAUAUUGGAAGAACAUACAAGGCAGCGUUGUUAAGCUUCGAAACCCCAGAAUCAUUUUUUGUACAGAUAAUUGAUAAAAAUUUAAGCGAAAUUAAGUCAAAAUUUAUGCUUAUAGAAAAGUGUCAAACAAAGGAAUUGCUAAAGAGUUAUGAGAUGAACACAAUAUGUCUAUUCAAAUCAGAUGACGGGAAGAUAAAGCGAUGUGUAAUCACUAAAAAUGAGCCUUUAGAAGUUUUUCUGGUUGAUAUAGGCACUAAAAUCAAGCCAAAACUGUCAAAUCUUUAUGAAAUUUCAAAUGAUAUUAUUAAAUUGUUGCCAUUUCAAGCAAUUAAAUGUGGAUUUAAGGGAUUGAAGACUAAAGGAAUGUGUACAUUAGGAAAUGUGCUUAAAUAUAAGCAGUUAUUUAAAUUGAUUUCCAAAAAUGGCGUUUUUGAGUUGGAUGUUCAUUCAAAGGAAACUGACAAGUUUAUUGUAUCUGCAUAUAAUUCAGAAAAUGCUAUAAACAUAAAAGAUCUGGCAAUGAAACAAAAGAUUUGCGAUUUAACUGAUGAUGAAGUUCGCGAGGAAGUAAUGAGGAAGGAGACUGCAAAUUUUAUAAAAUUGUUACAAAAUGACGAGAAUGUCAAUUUAUUUCAAAGUGAUGCCAAUAAAAUGCUUGGAUUGCCACCGACUGCUCGAUUUUUGCCACCCAAAGGAAUUCAAGAAAUUUUGGAUAAAUGGUCCGGAAAUGUUCAAGCAGAAAGUUCUGAAACAGCCCUAAAAGCUAUCGAAAAUGUUCCGAGCAUCAUUACAGAACUUAAAAUGGAACCAAAAAUCACACUAGUUUCUAAAAAUGAACUAAAACCAGCAUUUAAGAUUCCAAAAAUAAUAGAACUGCUUAAAAAAGCUAACGAAAAAAUUCAAGAAGCACCAAAGAAAGUUCCAGAAGUUAAGGAAAUGAAACUUAAAAAUUUAUUCAGUAACGUGAAUAUUGAAUGGAACCAAAAUGAUAAUAUAAUAAUGCUUAGAAUUGAGGCAGUAGAUUUGUUGGAAUAUUCACUAAAAGUAAAACAAGAAAUGUGUGAAAUUUGCAUUAAAUAUGCUGACAAAAUGGCAUUGACAAAUAUUGAAUUUUAUGGACGAAUUAUUCCAAAAUAUGUUGUCCAUAAAUCUAACGGACGAUACAUAUCAAUGUUCCUGAUUAAAAAGUUUUCCAAUGUUUUGUGGCCACGACUUACACUAUCUGACGGAAAGAAUAACCAUAUCAAGUACAGCACUGAAGAACUAAUGAUAUCAUUUUCAGAAAUUGAAGUCAAUGAAGAAACUAAAGCUAUUUGGGCACCAGCAGGAUAUUACAGUGAUAACGAAGACAAUUAUUUCAACGAAUACGAUGAUAAUAUUGAAAAUGAUGAAGACCAAGUUUAA